UGUGUGUGUGUGUAUGUGUGUGCAACUGAACUCUCCUCAGACCAAAAUAUGCUGGAUUGUACCUUUCCUGUGUUUCAUAACAGCCCAUGUUUCCGAAAAACUGAACUAAACAACCUGCAAUGCCUAUUGCAGAGGAAAAGUAGGUAGUUUCAGUUAUGUUUUGUAACAGGAAUAUCUUCAGAUAUGUAUACCCAUUAAUUCCUCCAACUGAUUUAACAACAAAUGAUGUUUUCUUUUUCCCUGAAAAGUUUAAGUAUGUAUGUCUAAAGAGGCUUGCCAACUUUUGUGUGUGUGUGAUGUCAGAGGGGGCUGUGCACAGCUUGUCUAUAAAACUGGCAGCCACUAAGAGAAUCAAGUGGAGCUGAGGUUUACAGUUUCGUGCAUUUACCAAUUCAUAAACAGAUAAAAGUGAAGAUUGCAGGAAAACACAUUAGACGGAGCUUUUGAAUAACAGAGAUUACUUUUUUGAAACAGUUUGUGAAACAUCACAGCUGAAAAGCAACUUUGCAAAGUGCUCAUAUACAUUCUUCUCAGUCUUGGAUAAAAUGUCACCUUUGAGGUCCAUUCUAAGGCGAGGACAUUUCUUUACACUGGUGCUGCUGUCAUUGUCUGCUGUAGAGGGUGCCUGUCCUACCAAGUGCUCAUGUCCAUCCACGGUGUGUCCUCCCGGUGUCAGUUUGGUUUUGGACCCAUGUGGAUGCUGUCGGGUCUGUGCCAAACAGUUCAACCAAGACUGCAGCGCUACUGAGCCCUGCGACCACAUCAAAGGACUGCGCUGCCACCUGGGGGCCGGUGGAGACCCUGAGACAGGCUUGUGUAGAGCUGAAGCGCUGGGUCGUCCGUGCGAGCUGGAUGGGCGUGUUUAUCAGCACGGUGAAGACUUUAAACCGAACUGCGAGCAUCAGUGCACAUGUGUCGAUGGUGUAGUCGGCUGCAUCCCGCUGUGUCCACAACUCGUUUCUCUGCCUGACCGGCGCUGUUCCCGUCAUCGCCUCACCAAGCUGCCCGGCCGCUGCUGUCAGGACUGGGUGUGCGAUGAUGACAAUCGCAUCGAUGAGGAGGACCAGAUGCCUGACCUGCAUCCAAGAGAGCACACUGACCUAACAGGCAACGAGUUACUUGUUGCUCCGUCUUCUUCAUGGGAUAGUAGUGCAGGAGUCGCUUAUCAAGAGUGGAUUACAUCUUCGAAGUCCCACAUCAACGUUCCAUCCACCUGCUUCCUGCAAGUUACUGACUGGUCCCCAUGCUCAACCACUUGUGGAAUGGGCAUAUCCAGUCGUGUUACCAACAGUAAUACUGAAUGUAGGCUGGUCAGGGAAACUAGACUUUGUCAGAUCCGAGAGUGUGGCGACAACCUUGUAUCAUCACUUAAGAAAGGAAAGAAGUGUCAGAGGACCACACGACCACAGAAACCUAUUCAGAUCACAUUUGCAGGAUGCUUCAGUGCUCGCCGUUACCGGCCUCGUUCAUGUGGAUCCUGUUCAGACGGUCGUUUCUGCACUCCCUCUAUGACGCGUACGGUUCGUCUACACUUUUAUUGCACGGGGCCAGAGCAAGAGGAUUUUACCCGUAAUGUCAUGUGGAUACAGCGCUGCAACUGCAGCCAAAGAAAUAACCAACACGGCUUGUUCUCACAGACAGAGCUGCUCAAUCUACCAAAUGAUAUACAUAUAUACACACACUGAUAGUUCAAGAACUUAUUUACAUGUUUUCAGUUAUCUUUACGAACAAUCUUUUCAACAAUUCUGCACUUAAAAGUAAUAUGUAUAUACCUUAUUAUAUCACAUUAAUCAUUGAUUUGUAUUUUUUAAGUGACAGAUAGGAUUUAUGAAUAUGUAUGAUAUAUGAAACGGAUGAUUAAGACUCAAAACCUUGUUUGGUUUGAAGGGAGACAAAAUUGUUUUAUCAUUUUGUUAAAUUCAGAAUCAAAACAAAAUUGAUGUCACAACUGUUUUUAUAUAACCAGAUUUACUGUAUAUACUGUAAAUAUGUAUCAAUCCAACUGUACAUAGCUGAUGUUAGUGUUUCCUAUUUAUAAAAAUGUUACAGAUUUUUUUGUAAAGUGUGAUAUCUGAACCUCAUUUUUUUGAGCUUAAAAGCAAUAUAGAGAUUUUAGGCAUAUUUAAGCUUUCUUUAAUUUUGUUUAAUAUAUUGUAUUACUUUCGGAUAAGCGGUAGAAAAUGGAAUGGAAUGGAAUAUUGUAUUACUGUAUUUUGUAUCUAUGUAUAAAAUAAUUAUACAGAAUAAUGGCAAAAAUAGAAUAUACAACUCCAUGCAUCUUUCUCUCUCUCUUUUUCUCUCCCGCUUGCUUACGUGUUCAUAUUCCCCUCUCACAUAUUGCUGAGAUUUUCAGCACUGCCAUAACAGUGGAAGAGGAAAUGUGUAAAUGUGUUGAGAAUGUGCAGGAUGAAAAGUAUAGAUCUGAUGAUAUACACACUCAAAUACGGAAGAUUUUAGAUUAUUUGACACUGCAAAACAAUUUAUCAGACAGUAAAUGUAUUGUUGACAAUUAAGUGUUCAGCUCAUGAAAAAUGUUUUUCUGUUUUUCAAAUGUAUGUCAUCGUCAAAUCCAGUCAUACAUUCACUGUAAUGACCUUUUAAAAAAUCCCAAAAGUGACCGGCAACCCACAUUUUGUCAGCUCAGAUUUUUAAGGUUCUAUCUGACAU